AUGUCGCUUAAUUUGGAUAUCCAAGAAUCAACGUUAUAUACUAAAAGCGAUGCAGAUAGAAAAAACUCUGAAUAUAUAAACGAGGAUUUGGUUGAUUUAAUAGAUCAAAACGAAGAGUUGCAAAGUCUUCUAACAAAAACUGAUGCAAAUUUAGUAAAUAAAGGCGAUAUGCAAUUGAAUUGUUUCCGCGACGUUUCUUCCAUUGAAAGCCUUCAUUCUCGUGAACUUUAUAAUCAAUUGCCAGUCGGCUGGGAAGGAGCACCACAGUUUCAGUGGAGAGUUUGCCUUGAGCCAGAAGAUCGUUGUUUGCUCAUUAUCCAGAAUGUGGCAUUUGAAGAUUUGUUUCAUCCUUGGAUAUACCCGGUUAUGUUGCGAGCACAGCGGACUAUCACAGAUUUUUCUCGGAUGUCUUCAGGAAAAAAAAAUUUAGGAGAAGUUGGCAUGUAUUUCCUGGAUGAUCAUCCCAUUUCAACAGCUGUAUUGUCUCAUCUUAUCCAUGUACGGAUUCCCCAGCGUUGUUUAAAGGUUUUCAUUCCUUUCACAAAAUGGAUGUUGAAAUACAGUUCGAUUAUAGAAGAACGUUGUGGGCUUAUUCGAGAACCGGUAGAGAGUAUGAAGUAUUUGGUUCUGAAGCCAGUAGCUAAAUCGGUGGAUCAAAACAUAAUAAAAGAUGUAUUCAAAAAUCAUAGCAUUGAAAAUACUAUAUUCGAAACUGAUGCUGUGGGGCAGAGAUGUGCGAUUUUAAAAUUUGCCACUGCUACGCGAGCUAUUGCAGCUCACGCUUUAAAUAAUUUUGUUCCGCUUGGCGAUGAUAAUCGAUUUAUUAGAGUAUUGUUUGCUUAUGAAGAUAUAAGGAAAUUUGGUCUUGGAUUAUUGGGAAAUGCAAUCAAACCAGUUGAUUUACUGACACAUAGCGAAUUGAAAGAAAAUCAAAUAUUCAUUGAUGAUGUAAUGCGUAAACGAACAAAAUGUGCAAUUAAUUAUUAUCCUAAGGCGAAGCAGCAUCGGGAAUGCCAUGAAUCAAUUAAUAAUAAUAAUAGCGAGAAAGGUAGCAUUUUACCUGCAGUGUUAGAUGAGUCUGUGUUGAACUUUACCGGAAAGAGGAAGAGAUUUGCUUUUACGCCAAUCAGUGAAUCUGUUAUGAAUUGAUUUCGACAUGGUCGUGGUGGUUAUCGGUUAAAUGUUGAAAAAAAAUGGUCGAUUAAUCAAAAGAAGCUGUUUGGAUAG